AAAUAAACAGUGAAUAUUUUGCAACAAGUGGCAUGCAUUCAUAAGUUCUUGCUCCCAAUUCGCAAUUGGAACGCGCCUCGCAUUUCAAAGACGGCCAAUUGUUCGGGCGCGACAUUUACCAGUUGUUGUCGAUUGGUUGCUGCGAAACGACAACAACGGCAACAAUUUAGUUGUCGCUUAGUUGGCAGAAAGCUACGAUCGGGCUUGGACUUAUUGGCGCGAGCGGUCAUUAACAUUAGCAAACUGGCUGAAGACGAAGAAAACAACGGCAGCAGCAACAACAGCAAGAAGAAAAGAAUCUAUUAGCCAUGGGGCUCCCGUUCCAUAAACUCAAAAAGCUGUAUAUACUUUAUUUGUUUUUGUUGGUAUUUGCGUUUUUUAUGUUUGCAAUUAGCAUAAAUUUAUAUGUAUCAAGCAUGCAGAGCAAUGGUGGCGAAGGGAGUCAUCCGAAACCGCCGCCCAAACGACGCUCCCUCUGGCCGCACAAAAAUAUUGUGGCGCAUUAUAUUGGCAAGGGAGACAUAUUCGGCAAUAUGACUUCAGACGAUUACAACAUGAACCAGUUCAGGCCUGUGGAGACCGAGGGCGCCUAUGGGCGACCAGUUAUUAUACCGCCGCGCGAUCGAUUUCGUAUGCAGCGUUUCUUUAGGCUCAACAGCUUCAAUAUAUUGGCCAGUGAUCGCAUACCGCUUAAUCGCACGCUCAAGGACUACAGAACGGCAGAAUGUCGCGAUAAAAAGUAUGGCAGCGGCCUCCCCACCGCUUCAGUGAUCAUUGUCUUUCACAACGAGGCCUGGUCUGUGCUUCUCCGCACGAUAACGAGCGUUAUAAACCGAUCGCCACGACACUUGUUGAAGGAGAUUAUUCUGGUGGAUGAUGCCAGCGAUCGCACCUAUUUGAAACGGCAGCUGGAGAGCUAUAUACGUGUCCUAUCUGUGCCGACGCAUCUGUAUCGCAUGAAAAAGCGUAGCGGUCUAGUGCCGGCACGUCUAAUGGGUGCUGAACAUGCUCGCGGCGAUGUCCUAACAUUCCUUGAUGCUCAUUGCGAAUGCUCUCGAGGCUGGCUAGAGCCGUUGUUAGCCCGCAUUAAGGAAUCGCGCAAUGUGGUUAUCUGUCCAGUCAUCGACAUUAUAUCGGACGAUAACUUCAGCUAUACGAAGACCUUUGAGAAACACUGGGGCGCUUUUAACUGGCAGCUCAGUUUUCGUUGGUUCUCCUCGGAGCGUAAACGGGAUACAAAUGUGAAGGACGCCACGCAACCUACUGCCACGCCCGGCAUGGCCGGCGGACUGUUCGCCAUCGAUCGGAAAUACUUUUACGAGAUGGGCGCUUACGAUAGUGAGAUGCAUGUGUGGGGUGGCGAGAAUGUAGAAAUGUCUUUUCGCAUCUGGCAAUGUGGCGGCCGCAUCGAGAUUAGUCCGUGCUCGCAUGUGGGUCACGUCUUCCGUAGUACCACUCCCUAUACAUUUCCGGGCGGCAUGAUCGAUGUAUUGACGACGAACUUGGCGCGUGCCGCUACCGUCUGGAUGGACGACUGGCAGUACUUUGUAAUGCUCUAUACUCAAGGAUUAUCGCUGCAUGUGCGCGAAAGCGUCAAUGUCACUGAGCGUGUCGCACUGCGCAAGAAACUGCAAUGCAAACCCUUCUCCUGGUAUCUGGAGAACAUUUGGCCGGAGCAUUUCUUUCCAGCACCCGAUCGUUUCUUUGGCAAAAUCAUAUGGCUGGAUGGGGAGACAGAAUGUGCGCAGGCGUACAGCCGCCAUAUGAAGAACUUGCCGGGCAGACUGCUCUCACGGGAAUGGAAGCGAGCCUUUGAGGAGGUGGAUAGCAAGGCAGAAGAGUUUACCACUCUCAUCGACUUGGAGCGAGACAAGUGCCUGCGGCCGCUCAAAGAAUCGGCGCCGCGCUCCUCCCUGCAACCCGUGACCGUUGGCGAUUGUACGUCGCAUGCACAGACCAUGGAUUUGUUUGUAAUAACGCCCAAGGGCCAAAUAAUGACCAACGACAAUAUUUGCCUCACUUACCACGAGCCCAAGCAGGGUAUGAUAAAGCUGCUCAAAAAUCGCAAUGCGACUACUUCCAAUGUAAUGAUGACGCAAUGCACCAAUGACUCACGACAAUUGUGGACCUACGACAUGGACACUCAGCAAAUCUCACAUCGCGACUUGAAACUUUGCCUAACACUCAAAUCGGCAACAAAUUCACGCAGCCAGAAGACGGAGAAAGUGGUGCUCACCAUGCAGUGCGAUUUUAAGGAUAUUACUCAAAAAUGGGGCCUAAUACCAUUGCCAUGGCGCAUGUAAUUCACUUGCAACCCAAACGAUGUGCUAUCAACGAAAUUCUGCCAGCUAUAUUGGACCACAUCGAGUCUUAAAACAAUGUGAUAUUUAUUGAAAUUGUUGAUGAACGCCACUUGUAUUUUAUCUCUUUGUUUUAACUGAAAAGUCAGGUUCACAUUUGCAAUCAAGUUACUGAAAGCAUUUUGUAAAGUGAGAAGGCAUGUUUGUGGCUUUUAGAAAAGAGAACAAUGUUGAAAUGUAGCUACAGUAGAUUCUUUUAAAUCUAAAACAAAAUUAGUCUCUAAUUGAUUUUAUACUUCUUAGAAAAAAUAUUCAACAAAUGGAUACAUGCAUACUUAUACUACUUAUAUAUAAAGAUGCCACAAAAAUGCAUAACAUUUUAGAGAUAGUUCGUUUUUAUAGACAACAAUUUAAAGCACUUGUAAGGAUUUUAAAAAACUAAGCUCUAGUACAAACGCCACGUGUCGAAAUAUCAAUACAGUUUGUAAAUCAAUCAUGGCCCACUUUUCCAAUUUCGCCAAAUAAUUUGCAACUGUGAACUUGACCACAAAACACAUCAAAUACGAGUAUAGUACACAAAAAUGUAUACACAAACACACAGGCACACCGAUACAACGAUACACACCCACAUGAAUUGUUCAUAUGUAAAUCAUUUGAAUGCGUGCCGAUUUUACGGAUGCAUUGCGACUUGAACUCUUUGUAAUUCUAUGUCAUAGUUUUAAGGCAAACAGUUUUAGGCAAUUUUUAACUAAAAGAAUAGUAUAACAGCUGUACUUACUUUACUUUUUUU